UUUCAGUAAAAUCUUACAUUAAGAUAAUCAAAUACUUGCUUUAAAAUCAGCCUUUCUGCCACACUGUUUUUAGUAUGCUUCCUCUGUCCAAAUCUGCACUUUAGCUCCAUUUGUAAUCCACUAAACAGCAAUUCUGGAGAUCUUUCUACACAAUCAAAUUGCAUUCUAUUCCUUUCAGUCUACAGAUGAUAAAUGCAACCCAUCACAGAAGUCCUGAGCAUGCAUCUUUUUAACUUCUGUUUCUUCCACACGGAUUUUGAGCUUUCCAUCUGAGACUUUGAUUUGAAAUCUUCCUGCAGUUUAAUCAUCUUCUCAGCAACUCCAAUAUCUGCUUAGAAUAGCAGCAUUGAAAGAAAAGGUGGUCACAGGUUUCAACUUCUGAUCUGCACAGCCAACAACUAGCAUUUGAAACUGUUAAGUCCAUUCUGCCGUUCCUAUCCUUAGUGAGUAUUUUCUGUUUAUAUGCCAAUCAUGCUAUAAAUGCAUGCUUUGAUAAGUUUGCAUUAGCCCAUAUAUAGCUUGCAUUCUCAUCAUUCUCACCAUCUCCAAUCAACCAUUGGUAUCCUGAUAACACGAAAUAGAUAUCAUUCUUCUGACCUCUCCAUUCCAGACCAUUAAAGCCCUUCCUGAAUAGUUCUUGCAAUUUAAGAAACUGUUUCCAAUGCCAACUGGUAGCAGCAUUUAGAGCAACAUCCGAAAAAUUUGACUGUUUGAUGUAUACUCCAUAGAUCCAUCGAACCCAGAGGGCUUCCUUGUUCUGUAACAGUUGUCAGACUUGCUUAAAGACAGAUGCCUUGUUCCACAACCUAGCAUCCUUAACACCAAGUCCACCCUCUGAUUUGUCCUUACACACUUCCAACAAGUUUACAAAGGAUAGAGAUCUGCUAUCAUAUUUGCCAUCCCGUAAGUACUCCCUACAUACUCUAUUCACCAUUUCAGUCACCCUUUAGGUAAUAGUAACAUACUCCCCCAGUAAGAAUGCAUUGUCAUCAAGACUGAGUUAACGAGGGUCAACCUCCCAGCAUACAAAAGAUGCCGGGAGCUCCAACAUCUAAUCUUUGCUACCAUCUUGCUAACAAUGCCAUGUCAUUCCACCUGAUUCCACUUUUUCGGGGCUAAUGAUACUCAUAAAUAUUUCAUAGGGAAUGAAGUGCAACUAAAGCCAGUGAUAUUACAGAAUUUUUCCUGUUUCCUGUCCCCAAUACCCCCAAAAAGAUCUCAAACUUCUAAGAAUUCGCAACAAGGGCAGUUGAUUCAGAAAAAUCCCUAAAUACAUCCAUAAUGAGCUUAAUAGUUGGAAUAUGAGCCUUGCAGAAAAUCAUAAGAUCGUCUGCAAAGCAAAUAUUCGUAAGUUUCAACUGUUUACAUAGUAGAUGAAAUUUAAAUUCUUCCCUAAGAACAUUUUUCAAACUUCGAGUUAAAUACUCAAUAAUGAGGACAAACAACAGUGGAAAGAUUGGAUCUCCCAGUUGUAAACCCCUUUGACCAGCAAAAUAUCCCAGACCAACCAUUUUGGGCUAAUGAAAAAGAUGUUGAUAUGCAAGUCAUAAUUCACAUUCUGAUAUGUUCCGGGAAUCCAUACCCCAGCAAUGUUUCCUCAACAAAUUCUCACUCUACCGAAUCAUAUGCCUUUUUCAAAUCUAUUUUCAUCAACAGCCUAUUACUAAUGCCUUUUGUAUCGUAUAAUCUAAUAAACUCUUGUGUAAUAAGUACAUUAUACAUGAUGAACAAUAAUACUCCCUCCAUUUCAAAAUAAGUGUCAUUCUGGAAUUUGUACACAGAAUAUGAAACACUUAAAUAAGGUAGCUAAAUUACUAGAAUAUUCUCAAUCAACUCCAUUAAAAUAAAUGCUCACUAAUAAUAUUAUUUCUUUUGAGGGUAUGUUUAAAAAUUUUUUGGCAAAAAAUGCAUUGGAAUCCGAAAACGAUACUUAUUUUAGAAUUUCUCCAUUUUGUUAAAACGACACUUAUUUUGAAAUAGAGGGAGUACUAUUAAAACAAAGUGAAUUCUAACAUUGAGCUCAUUAUCCCGUUUGAAUGCACAAGGGAAGAUAAUUUAUGAAAUAAAAGGUUAGAGCAAAAACUGGAAUAAAGUAGGAGGAUAAGAUUAGGAGGGGGCACAAUUGUCAAAGAACUCAGAAUCUUCUUUUCUGCACAAUUGCAUAUACCCCCCACUAAUUGAGAAUGGAUUACUAAUAACUAAUAAAAAAAAAAUUCUAAAAAUAAUAGAAGUACAAAAUAGAAGCUUGCUUCUUACUCGCUCCCCUUUCUCUCUGAGCGCACUCAAUCCUAUCUUUUUCCGCCAUUUCUUUUCACUUCUCAGCUUUAGAGCAAAUCAAACCGCCAUUGGUCAAUUUCAUAGUUUUUGGGGAAUAUUAACUGAAUAAUCAACUCAAUAAUCAAUUUUCUGAUUUACGAACUCCUCUUUCUUUGUGAUUUGAUGCUGGUAUUUCAUCGCCGAUCAAUUUUUAUCGACAAAUAGAUUCCGGCGAGAAAAAGCCUGCCAAAUUGAACGGCGAUACUCGAGCUUGUUCCUUUUAACUGUUUCUUUGAAGAAGAGGUUUGACCUCGUCGGAGAUACUUUAUAUUAGAGUUUUUUAUUUUUGGUGGUUUGUGAUAUAAUAUUGAUGAAAUUUAACGGAGAGACUGCAACUGCAUUCGCCGAUGAUGAUGAGGACGGCGACUGCGUAGAGAAAGAAGACGACCUGAUUCUGAUCAAGUCUCCUGUAUCGCCGCCGCAGCCUAAGCGAAUCGUCGUCGGCUACGCCUUGACGUCUAAGAAACGGCAGAGCUUCUUGCAGCCUAAGCUUCUCGAUUUAGCGCGGAAUAAAGGAAUAGUAUUUGUAGCUAUCGAUGUGAAGCAGCCAUUGUCAGAUCAAGGUCCUUUUGAUGUUGUUUUGCACAAGUUGACAGGAAAGGAGUGGGGCCACAUAAUUGAGGAUUACAGGCAAAAGAAUCCGAAUGUAAUUGUCCUUGAUCCUCCUGAUUCAAUAAAACAUGUUAGCAAUCGGCAAUCAAUGCUUCAGGAUGUUGCCGAUCUCAACUUACCUGACUGUUAUGGUACCGUCACUGUCCCAAGGCAGUUGGUUUUCACAAAAGAUCCAUUAUCGCUUCCAGAUGAAGUCACUAAAGCUGGUCUUAAACUCCCGUUAGUUGCUAAACCUCUGGUAGUUGAUGGAACUGCUAAGUCACACGAACUGUUUCUUGCAUAUGACAAAUUUUCGCUCGCUAAACUUGAGCCGCCUUUGGUACUGCAAGAAUUUGUCAAUCAUGGCGGGGUUCUCUUUAAAGUGUAUAUUGUUGGAGAAUUCAUUCAAGUGGUCAGGCGUUUUUCUCUACCUGAUGUUUGUAAACGUGAGCUAUCAAAAUUUGCUGGUGUAUUUCGUUUCCCGAGGGUUUCGUGCGCUUCAGCUUCUGCAGAUGGUGCUGAUUUGGAUCCUUCUGUCGCGGAACUUCCUCCAACUCCUUUGUUGGAUAUGCUUGCAAGAGAGCUUCGCAAUCGAUUGGGUCUGCAGCUAUUUAAUGUAGAUAUAAUUCGAGAAUACGGGGCAAAAGACCUUUACUACGUCAUUGACAUCAACUACUUCCCUGGCAAGUCAAGUGACUAUUCUUACAUCACUUGAUAUAUGUUAGAUUGCUGGUUGCAUCCAUAAUUACCAUGCAUAAAAUAAGAAGUGUGCAUUGAUUCUCAUAAUCAAUAUUUCAUCAUCUGGUGGGCAACACAUGAUAAACAGUGGGUUUUUAAUACAUUACGUACUCUGGAAUGGACAUGUGUAUAGAAGGGCCAGUAUAAUCACAGACAAUCUUUCCUUGCCUUUUCAUCUUUCUGUGCUUUGAUACGUGUAUUAUGCAUAAUCACUCUUGUCAGUAUUAUGCAUUCAUCUUUCUGUACUCUUGAAUGGACAUGUGUAUAGAAGUGUCAGUAUAAUCACAGACAAGCUUUCCUUGCCUUUUCAUCUUUCUGUGCUUUGAUACGUGUAUUAUGCAUCCAUCACUCUUGUUGCAUUCGAUUGUGGCUUUUGUCACAGUCUUUUAAGUCUCUAUUUGUCUUUUUGUGCACUUCAUCUUUUUCAGAUUUGUUUUCUCAUUUAGAUUGAUUAUAUCUUAUGUAUGAGAAGCGUUUGAUAGCUGUUGCAGGAUAUGGAAAAAUGCCUGGGUAUGAGCAUAUGAUCACAGAUUUUCUUCUGAGUCUCGGGGAAAGGAAACACAAAAAGGAGCUUCUCUCGUAAAUAUUGGAACCCGUCUUUUUAGGUUCCUCCCUUGGAGGUGGACUGGUAAGGGAAGUUUUCUAUCGUUUCUCUCUACCUCUUUGCUUAAGACAUGACGAACCAUUAGGUGUGACCAUCACAUAGAGAAGUCAGGAUGGUAUUUCAUGAGAAAAUAACUCUUUUCUCCCAGUGUUGUGCAUUUUAAAAUUGUUAUCCUUAGGCUGGUUAUUUUUUCUGUUAUUAGGGGGAGAUUAGUCACCAACAUAUUUGUUUCGCUUGUAUUAUGCAGUCUGCAUGCAUGUAAUGAAUUCAUGGAAGGCCUCCCUGAAAUUUUACAUUUUUGGAAAUGGUGAAGUAGAUUGUAUAUUCAUGUUGUAAUGUGCAUGGAGGUGAUUCGUGCAUAUGCUGCUAUCCGUUAAAUUCAUUUGUCAUUGGAAAUUUGGAAGCUGCAAUAUCAGUCCAUGUAUUUCCACUCGUUACUUUUGAAUAUUGUGCUUCAAGUUUGUCAUGACUUCUAACCGGCGUGGUUAUAAAAUAGAGUCUCUGGCUGUAGCGGCCUUUGGAAUUCGUAGCAACAUGAGAUGGUUUAAAACUACAAGCAAGUCAUAAUAUAUUUGCCUAACAAGUUC